AUGGAGUUUGUAGAAUUCAGCGAGGUUUCUGAGACCACUAAGACAUCGUCUCUUCCGCAGGGCCAUGAAUGGACCGUUCAAGUUCCAGCAGGAUCAAAGCUAACAGUUAUUGUGAAGUAUGGGAUCGCUGAGAUACUGGGAACAGAGCUUGCCAACGAUGUGCCCUACACAUUCCAAGGUGUAAUAGUGAACAUCUAUGCUAUUGAACGAUCUAUGAUCGAAUGGAAGUGUUUAGAAGAGCUUGAGCCAAAAGUUUCGGAAAAUAAGUCAUAUCAUGCCUACAUAUACAAUCUAAAUUUUGCAUUAGAAAGAUUACGACUCUCUAGUUUCAAUGGACCUAGAGUACUAAUAGUAGGUAACGCCUCAACUGGAAAAUCAUCGCUAGCUCAAAUGCUAUGCUCAUACGCGUUGAAGAUUAGACAUUAUCAACCGUUGUUAGUGAACUUGAACCCACAAGAUGGUGUUUUUUCUUUGCCAGGUUCAAUUACAGCGACACCCAUUUCUGAGUUGCUAGAUGUUGAAAGUUCUAUAUGGGGUCAGAGUAUUACUACAGGUGCUACCAAGCUCCAUAACAAGCAACCUCUUGUUAAAAAUUACGGCUUGGAAAAUAUCAGAGAUAAUAGACCACUAUAUUUAUCGACGAUUACACAACUAGCAUCGGGCGUGCAACAGAGAUUAAAGAACGAUCCAAUAGUAAGAAGGUCUGGCGUAAUAAUUGAUACCCCUAAACUUUCACAUCUUGACACCGAAGAUUGGUCCGAAGUUGGCCACAUGAUAGAACAAUUCGAUAUUAACGCAAUAGUGGUAUGUGCAGAAAGUGAUGACUUAGCUAUCGAAUUGAGUGAAGUAUUCAGGACUAAAAUAGGAUCAAUUGUAAGAAUUCCGCCACCAGGUUCAAUUAUCGCAAUUGAUGAUAUCAUGAGAAGAGCUUUACAGAGGGUUCAAAUAAGAGAGUACUUUUAUGGUACCACAGAAACAGUCCUAAGUCCAUACACUAUGGGUGCUGGGUUUGAAGAAUUAACAGUUUUCAGGCCAAGAAAUAUCUCUGAAUAUGGAGAGGAUAAAAAGGAUGUUGAUCUAACAGUAUUUGACAAAAUUGAAGUCAACAGCUCAAACUUACAGCACGCUAUUAUCGCUAUCACUAAUAUAUCUAGAAAAGAAAGCCAAGAUAAACUUAACACUGCAUCGAUAAUCGGGUACGGUUUGAUCACAGAAGUGAAUGAUUCAAAGAAAAAACUCAGGGUAUUACUUCCAGUACCGAGUAGAAUACCAGAUAGAGCUAUGAUUCUCACCGAGUACAGAUACUUGGAAUGA